AUGUCUGAGAGAGGAUCACCCUCAAAGUCAAAUAACCCAAGAGAUGGCAGGGCCAUACAAGGGAAAUAUGGGUCACAUCUACGGUUACCUGAAUCUACAGCUUCUUUUGAGACGAAUGGGAGCGAGAGCAAGGCAAAUGAUUCGUUGUUAAUCAAUGAUGAAUCGUCGAUAUCGGUGGAUCUUAUGCCAUCGGAAGAUUUGAGCCAAGGACUGAUGGCACAUGGCGACGAUGACAAUAUUCUUACGAUAGAGAAUGAGGAUCUACAAGAUUUCAAGAACUUGCAAAGCAAUGUUAAGAAUAUACUCGAGUUAGAUACCUCGGAAUGGUUGCGGAGACCAAUUGCGGAUCAUUGCUCGGAAAGGAGUCCUAACCAUAGUCCGACGCGUAAUAGCGGGUAUAGAAGCCGUAGUCGCAGUCGUAGUCGCAGUCGUAAUAGAAGCCCUCGACGUUCUAUGGCAUCUUCUUCUCAUGGGAUAGUGUUUGGACAAAAUAUUUUCGAGCGAAACGAUGAUUCAAACGUGCUCAACGAUGAGUAUGAACUUCAGGAUGUGUUUAUUGGAGAUGAUGGUUCACCGGCGAAAAGCCAGGCGUCAUAUAACAUUGAUAAUAGGUCUACUGGUACUAGUGGUGAUUUAGACGAUGCGCAGUACGGUUUCCAUGGCGAUGAAGGAGAGGAUCGAGAUGAUUAUAGUGGGGAUGAUUCAUCUGAUGCGUCUGAAUAUUCAAAACCAGUAGAAGAACACUUACAAUUAUAUGGGAAAUCAUUGGGGAUAAUUUCACCCUUUAAUCCCUGGAGGCUAAAAUGUGCGAAGCUACUACUUCACAAAUGGUAUAGACCAAUCUCGAUGGCAGUUCUUCUCUUUUAUACCAUUUUCCUAGGUCAUGGUGUGUUUCAUGGGGCAUAUGGUUCAAGCGACUUACUGUUCCAAAGCAAAUAUCGGACUGGAGUUUACAUUGCCUCGAUUAUCUUUAACUGGCUUUUCACAUUUGAGACCAUUGCUAAGAUUGUGGCUUUUGGGUUCUGGAAUGAUGAACAAUUGAUGAGGGCGACAGGAAGGAAAUAUGACUCGUUGUGGGAACUAACAGGAAUAUUGAAAUUCUACAGGUACUUAGAAACGACUUAUUCGCCUGAGUUUAUACACAAGAUCAUGCCAAUAAGGGCCCUAAUUGAAGAAACUCCAGAGCAGAAGAAAAAAGCUGCUAUGAAGAGUUCUGUUACAGUUUCCGAUUUCCGGAAAGUCAGCGACCCCGUAAAAUUACCCAGGGCAUAUACUCGAAGCAGCUGGGGAAGACUUGAACUACUCUCAACAUUUAGUGCAUGGAUGGCAUUGCUAUUGAGCAUAAAUAACUACGAUGAUAAACAUGGUGCACGGCUGUUCAGACCUUUGAUGGCAUUUAGAAUCCUAAAACUUGUGGAUUUGGAUCAAGGUUUAGUCUCUAUUUUGAGAACACUGAAAUACGGUGUGUCUGAACUACUUAACGUGGGGUUCAUGCUUUUAUACUUCUGGGUAAUCUUUGGAGUUCUUGGUAUACAGACUUUCAAAGGUUCGCUAAAAAGGCAAUGUGUAUGGUCCAAUCCCAAUGAUCCUUCAGAUACUUACCAAUAUGAUAUGCAAUUUUGUGGGGGUUUCUGGAAUACAACAAAUCAUAAAAUAGAGAAUUAUAUCUUUGCCGAUAAUACAAAGGGCCCAAUGGCAAAAGGAUUCAUAUGUCCCCCUAACUCAAAAUGUAUAUCUAACGCGAACCCUUACAAUGGAAGGAUAAGUUUUGAUAACAUCAUAAAUUCCAUGGAAUUAAUUUUUGUGGUAAUGAGUGCAAACACAUUCUCUGACUUGAUGUACUAUACCAUGGAUUCUGAUAAUAUGGGGGCAUCUCUUUUCUUUAUCUUCAGCAUCUUCUUCCUCACUGUUUGGAUGGUAAAUCUAUUAAUUGCUGUGCUUUACUCCUCCUUUGAAGUUGCUCAUGAGAAGUACACUAAUAAUGGUUCAGAUGUAAAGGAAAAUAUUCUAGUCUCUUAUGGAAGAAGAUGCAGAGCUUUUAUUCAGGCAAAGGCUAACGAAUCUCCAUUACCUAAAUGGGCAGAACGUGCUUUUAGAAUUUACAAGAGAGUGGAAUGGGUUUUCGUACUUACGGUACUGAUAAACAUAUGUGCAUUUGCCACACUAAAACAUAACGGUAGUGCUUCCAGAACAAAGAACAUUUAUACCAUCAAUCGUGUCACUUCUGUCAUAAUGUUUGUGGAAACAGUUAUUCGACUAAUCAUAUUCUGCAAGACACCUUGGAAAAUUUUAUCUUCUCCCAGCUAUAUCUAUGACUCAAUUACAUCUUUGAUUUGGCUUAUUAUGUCAAUCAGUCCGAUCCAAGAGAAGCUUGGAAAGGAUUUUGACUGGUUAACAGUAUUACCUAUAUCCAGGUUUUAUAGAGUUGUCAUUUUGUUCAGUGUGACAAGAAACCUCUGGAAAAAAGUUUUGAAAAACGCAUUGGUUAUAUGGAACUUAUCUGCAUUCUACUUCUUAUUCGUUUUUCUAGCUUCAUUAAUCGUUUUGCUAUACUUCGAUGGUACUUUAAACAGAGAUGAUAUGGAUGAUGUUCCUUAUGGGUUUUACUCUUUGCCAAAUUCCUUCAUAACUUUAUUCAAAAUAGGCUCAACAGAAAACUGGACUGAUUCUUUAUAUGCUAUGCAAGAACAUGCUCCAAAUUUGUUUGCAGCUUUUUUUGGCUCUACGUUAAUUAUUUUAUGGUUUAUUCUUGCAAACUUAGUUGUUUUAAACGUUUUCGUUGCUGUCAUUGCCUCAAGUUUUGACGUUGAGGAAGAAGAUAAACGUCCACUACAGAUUAGACAUUACUUGAAAGUGGUGUAUCCGGAGAAGAUCAGGAAUUUUACAAACGUUCCUUUGCUUGAUAGAAUAAGAAGAAAGUUUUCCAAACGUAAAGUGAAUAAUUCUGAAGACUUUAAACAGUUCCUCUUUAGAGGAACUGCUAUCUUAAGCAUUGCCCAAAACUACUCAAAUAUUAAUACAGAAGGCGUGAUGGAUAAUAACGAAUCAAGCGAACUUCCAAAUCCUGAACUCAACUAUUUAAAGAGAGUACUUUGGAGAAUUCGUGCUUAUCGAAGCAUCAAAUCGAAUCCUUUCUUCAAAGAGCCUAAAGUGGUUUUUGUCGAAUCAAAGGACUCGAACAAGCAAAACACUUUGAAAAUUCAAGAAUGGGAGGAUGAGAAAUUGACAUAUUUACGUGAGCAUCCUAGCUUCAACAACACCUAUUUUUUAUUCCCACCAAAUCACGGUCUCAGAAAAUUUUGCCAAAAACUAGUCUCUUCGAGUUAUGGUAAAAGAACAAACAAUAAGAUAUUCUUUGAUGAUACACCAAAUAAGGUCGGAAAUAAUGAGUUUUUUAGUCAUUUUGGAAAAGAUCUGGUAGUUGUGGUUACAUUUAUCUCUACCGUUUUGAUGGUGUAUUAUUCAUGCUAUGCGACUCCGAUAUACCGUAAAACGCAUCAUGACAAAUGGUCCUGGAUAAUGUAUUUCGAACCGAUAUUUGUUUCAUUGUUUACUAUUGAGUUCCUUGUAAAAACAAUAGCGGAUGGGUUCAUAUAUUCUCCAAAUGCGUAUCUUCUAAAUCCAUGGAAUAGAAUCGACCUUUUGGUUUUAAUAGCACUAUGGAUAGAUUUUAUUUCGUGGCUAACCGGUGACGGAACUUUGACAAGAAUUAUUAAAGGUGUGAGCGCUUUGAGAGCUUUAAGAUUUUUAACGAUUAGUAGUAUGGCAAGAGCUACGUUCAAACAAGUUAUGUUUGAUGGUAUUACAUAUAUUUUUGGUGCCUGUGCUAUUGCCUUUAGCAUUUUGUUUCCUUAUACUGUUUGGGGUCUUGUGAUUUUUCGUGGACAACUAGGUGUAUGCAAUGAUGGGGACUUAUCAUAUUCUCAAUGCUAUAACGAAUACUCCAAUACAGUAUUCAAGUGGAAUAUUUUAAUGCCGCGCUCUUAUGGAGAUCCUGUAUUACAUUUAAACUCAUUCUCUAGCGCCUUUAGAUCGAUGUACGAGAUCGUUUCUCUCGAAGGUUGGACAGAUUUAUUAGAAAAUAUGAUGAGUACAACAGGAGUAGGACAGCCGGCAAAACUCUUCGCGUCACCUUAUAAUGGAUUCUUUUUGAUUAUGUUCAACUUCCUCAGUAUGGUGUUCAUUUUGAAUAUUUUUAUUUCCUUUAUUAUCGGAAAUUAUUCCCGCUUGAAGGGCACUGCAUAUUUGACAGUUGCGGAAAAGUCUUGGCUGGAGGUCAAAAGAUUACUAUCACAGGCUAAACCUGAACCGAUGCCCAAUUUUUUCAAUAUGGGAAGAAUAAGAAGAAUAUGCUACCUUUUAGUAGUGGAGAAGAAGAAUUUUUAUUUCUCUGCUUUCAUGCAAAUAAUUCUUUACAUCCACAUAUUCGGCCUACUACUAUCUCGAGAUCAACCUCAUGGACACCUUUCCACAAACCAGAAUGCUCUAUUCAUGUUAACUUCCUCAACACUAUUAAUGCAAGAAUGCAUGCAUAUUUAUGGUUUAGGGGUGCGUCUCUAUGUACGCAAAAAAUGGAAUGUAUUCAGGGCCCUCGUCUUACUAUUCGCAUACCUCACCAACAUCUAUCAAUUUGUGGCCAAACAUUUCAUCCCUUACGCUUCUAAUGGUAGGGAUAUUCUUCAAUUAGCAGUAUUAUUGUUAAUUAUCCCCCAAAAUGAUACGCUCAAUGAGUUAAUUAACACUGCUACAGCAAGUUUACCAUCUAUUCUUUCAUCGGUUUAUUUGUGGUUUAUUCUAUUCUUAGUCUACGCUAUUGCUCUAAACCAAGUUUUUGGUUUAACUAAGUUAGGCCCUAACACCAGCAGGAACAUCAAUGCCAGAACAGUGACAAAAGCGCUGCUUCUAUUAUUCAGAUGCAGUUUUGGCGAAGGCUGGAAUUAUAUCAUGAACGAUUUCACUUUAGAAGAGCCAUAUUGCUUUUAUACUGAGGACGGAACUUACACAGAUUGUGGUACCAAAGCAUUUGCGUACACUAUCAUGAUGUCAUGGAAUAUUCUGUCGAUGUAUAUUCUUUCCAACAUGUUUAUUUCGAUGAUCGUCGAGAAGUUUAGUUACGUGUACCACAGAGAACAGAAGAAGGAUUCUCCAGCAAACCAAGAGGAGAUUCGAAAAUUCAAAGCUGCUUGGAAAAAGUAUGAUCCUGAUGGUGUAGGAGAAUUUGAUAUUCAAUAUUUGCCCAAGUUUAUGCACUCAUUUGAUGGACCGCUAUCUUUCAAAAUAUGGGAAGGUAGACUAACCGUGAAAUCUCUAAAGGAAAAUUACAUGAAGGUCAAUCCAAACGACCCUUACGACGUUAAGAUUGAUUUUGAUGGCCUAAAUAAAGAACUUUCCUCAAUAGAUUACGAGAAGGUUAAAGCAAGAUUAUUAGAGUAUCGUCGGUUCAUCCACGAGAUUAAACUCGAAAGUAAGAAUCAUGACUGCGUUCAAUUCCAACACCUUAUUCGAACAGUUCCACUUUACACCGCCUAUGACAAAACCGAAUGUUUGGGUAUCGAUGACUACGUUAAGGCAAUGUACAACAUCAACAAGAUAGAUAGAUUAAUCGAGAACGAAAACAACUACAAUGCAUUGCGUAUGAUAGCCACUCGUUGGAAAUUCGUUGUCAGGAGAAACAAAAUUGUUCUGCCCGAACUCAAAGUGCCAUUAUCAUCUUAUCCAUACGCUUUCGCGUCAGUUGAUGAUAUAGAUAGCACGAAAUCGCCUAUAAUCAAAACACAAGAGACAAAUCUGCUGUGGUCGCCGAUGCAACAAAAGAAGUCCUGGUUUGGUGAAAAAGAUAGCGAACGUCUCGGUAAAGACAACAACGACUAUCCCAGUUCAUCAGCCGGACCUUUGAUGAAAGACUACCCAGUGGUACAUUUCAGAGGUAAACCGAGAUCGUCAUCAUCGUCUUCAGUUUCCUCACAGGCCUCUGUCGUAUCAGACUAG